CUCUCAAAAUUCUUUCUGUCUCUUCUUCUCCGUCCAAAUUCUCCAUGGAUCGAUCUUUGAAUCUCCUCGAUUUAGCCUUAGGGUUCGAUGAGCAGCUAGCUAAUCCAUCUCCACUAAAUGGUAAAGUAAUACUAAUCGAAGACUGUGUAGAGACCAGUGGUUCCUUUGUUCUUCACCAGCUGAUGAAACGUGUUCUCUCCCCUAAUUCCUCUGACGCUCUUAUCUUUCUCGCUUUUGCUCGCCCUUUCUCUCAUUAUGAUCGAAUCUUGCGUAAACUGGGAUGUAAUUUAGCGACCCAUAAGACAAAUAAUCGAUUGGUGUUCUUUGACAUGCUAAUGGUCAAGUGUUCAGAUGGUGAAGAAAUGGAAGACAAUGUGAGUGCAGUUGCGAAACUAUUUCGGGAGAUACAAGAUACUGUUCGAAAGCUACAGAGUGUAACUAAUGGUAACAUAACUGUUAUGGUGGAUGACAUGUCUCUCCUGGAAAUUGCGACUACCAGCAGCAAUUCAGAUCACGUCUUGGACUUCCUGCACUAUUGCCACACGUUAAGUUCUGAAAGCAAUUGUUCAUUGGUCAUUCUCAAUCAUGAAGAUAUAUAUGCGAGCAUGGAGAGACCUGCAUUUUUGCUACAGAUGGUGUGCCUUGCAGAUGUUGUGAUAAAGGCAGAGCCUUUAGCCUCUGGUUUAGCAAAUGAUGUACAUGGCCAAUUGACUGUUCUGAACAAGGGGAUAAGCAAUUCAGGUCGAGGAAGCUCGAGGAACAAGUUGCAGAAUUUUCAAUUCAGGAUCAAGGAAAACGGCAUCGACUAUUUCUAUCCUGGUUGCAGAAGCUGAUGAUUAGAGACCGUUUUUGUAGUGAAAUGCAUCUUGAAAUUUUGUUCUGUUUUCGUGAGGAAGCUACUGCAUUUAGGUUAAAAGAUUAUGUACUCUUCUCAACAUUUUUUCCCAAGGUUGUCAGUUUAUUAG